GGGUCGUUGGGCACGGAAGACCAUCACGACUGGGAAACGCACACCGAGGCCGCCACCUGCACUACGCUUUCCUCAACAAGCUUUGCAUCUGAAGAUACAACGCUAUGGCCAUGGUGAAGAUGUGCUCCUUCCUGGCUGUCUAUGCUUUGGUGGUGUGCCUGAUGGACAGCUCCCGCGCAGUCCCGCUAAGACCUGGCUUGGAGCCUGUCACAGACCGAGGGAGCAUUGGCGACUACGAAGCCCGGCGGUUGUUAAGCGCGCUGGUGAAGGAAUACCUGGGGGAAGAGCUGGAGCGGGCGAGCGAAGGGAACAGCUUGGAUAGACCUAUUUCCAAACGCUGUGCCAACCUGAGCACUUGUGUGUUGGGCAAACUGUCUCAAGAAUUGCACAAAUUGCAAACUUACCCUCGUACUGACGUCGGGGCUGGAACUCCUGGCAAGAAAAGGAAUGUGCUGAAUGACCUGGAAAACGAACGCUAUGCAAACUACGAGGAAGCCCUCGGAAACAACUAGAUUGGCUCUCAUCUCCUCUUCCUCUUAUAUUUUUUCCUCCUCUUUUUUUGAUGCAUGUGGAUCUAACCUUGAUUGCUAAUUUUGCUAUGUUCUUUUGAAUCUAUUUUUGAGUGAGAAUGUGGAGUGAAACAACUUCAAGUUAGGAAAUUCAGGCUGCAAUCCUACACACACACACACACACACACACACACCCGAGAGUUAAUCCCAUUUAGUCAAAUAGGACUGACUUCUGAGUAGACAUCCUUAGGGUUGCAGCUGUUAAGAAUAUAACACAUAUAUUGGGGGGGGCGGGACUUGGCUGAAACUGGGGAAUAGCACAUGCCAAAUUAAAAUGAGUAAGGACUAGCAUUGCCUCGAAUUUUCAACUGAUUUUCUUAGAUGUUUAUUUUACAAAUAACAAUCCUUUGAUUUCUGGCUACGCAUUGUAAAAUAAAUAAAUAAAUGUUUCUUUCAUGCCUGACCAUGCAACUGUUCAAUAAACCUAUUUUUCUAUAAGGA